AUUUCUCUCCUCGUCUGGCGUUCUUGGAUCGAUACAAAUUCGAAAGGGGAAGAAGCCUCCAGGCGCACGCGACGAUUACUUCCAGAAACAAAUCGCGUCCCAUUUCCCACCCCAAUCCAUCCACCAACCCCCAUUCCUUGCUCGCAGCCGCAGGGGCCGCCGGGUAUGUCGCCGGCGGCGGACGGCGCGGCGGCGUCGAAGCGGCAGGCGGAGCUGCUCAAGCAGGAGGGCAACUCCUUCUUCAAGAAGGACCGCAUCAGCGCCGCCAUCGACGCCUACACCGGGGCUAUAGCUCUCUGCCAAAAUGUUGCAGUAUAUUGGACCAACAGAGCAUUAUGCUACAAGAGGCGGAAUGAGUGGGCUAAGGUUGAGGAAGAUUGCAGAAUGGCUAUCCAUUAUGACAGCCAUUCCGUUAAGGCGCAUUACAUGCUUGGACUUGCACUUCUCAACAAGCAAGAAUUGACUGAAGGAAUAAAGGAACUAGAGAAGUCUUUGGAGCUUGGAAGGGGUGCACAUCCUGCAAGCUACAUGGUUGAAGAGAUAUGGCAAGAGCUUUCUAAAGCGAAAUACAUUGAAUGGGAAGGCCUGUCAAAAAUGCGAUCCUCUCAAUUGCAUAAACUCAAGGCAACAUGUAAAGAAGCUCUAAGGAAUUAUAACAGCCUUGAUAAUCCAGCUGUAGACGUGUCUGAAGAGCAUCUAAACGAGCUAGAUGACGUUUUCAGGAAAGCUGCAAAGGCUGAUACUCCAACAGAAGUUCCUGACCAUCUCUGCUGCAAAAUUACACUCGAUGUCUUCAGAGAUCCGGUGAUCACUCCAAGCGGAAUCACUUAUGAGAGGGCUGUGAUUCUUGACCAUUUAAACAGGGUGGGGAAAUUUGACCCUGUGACCCGUGAAGCUCUUGAACCACACCAACUAAUUCCAAACCUCGCCGUCAAGGAGGCUGUAGAUGUAUUUUUGAGUGAACAUGGCUGGGCUUACAAGAUAAGGUGAUUGAUUUGAACAACUGAAUUUGUAGGGCACACCUUCAGUUAUAAAACCAAAGAUUGUUAGGGUACACCUGGGUUGGAGGUGAGAUUGGCAAUACAUAGUUUCGUUAGUUUGUUGACAUCAAGGAAGUUGUACAUAUAUGUGAUUGCUAAAUUGUGCUGGAAUCAUACAAGGAACUUGUCGUGGCUACUCUGUGUAAGCCAACAUUGUAAGCAGGCAGGAGGGCGGGCUGUGCAAUUGAUCGUUUCUUGACUUC